GUUCAAAACUGGACACCUGGCAACCCUAGUCGUCUACUAGUAGAUCUAGAUCUAGUUAGUAGUCACUAGUCUAGUAGUGAGUGUAGUAGUUGCAGUCAGUAGUCAAACAUGAAGGAUGAAUAAUCAUCAUUUUGUUGGAACAAUUCCAGAGCUUUUACAAAACAAAGGCAGAAAGCGCUGUACUGUUGGUGGCAAAGACAUUUUUGUUGUUCUAAAUAAUGGGCAGCCAUAUGCAUUUGAUAGUUUUUGUUAUCAUGCAGGGGGUCCAUUGUAUCAAGGAGACAUAGAGGAUGUGUCUGGUAAAUGGUGUAUUGUCUGCCCUUGGCACAAGUAUAAAAUUCACAUAGACUCAGGGGAAGGACUGUACCAUUCUGUGGACCCCCAUGAUCUAAAAAAACCACCCAAACUGUGCUCCAAGGGGAGGAAACAAAGAACUCACAGUGUGAUUGUUAAGGGGGAACAACUUUUUGUUGUCUUAUCUGACCCCCAGAACCCAGCAGAGUCUGACCAGUACAAUAAGCAAGUCUAGUAGGGAGAGAAAGGUUAGAUCAGCAGACCAGUGGCCAGGCUAGUUAGGGGAGACUGGUUAGAUCAGCAGACUAGUGGGCAGGCUAGUUAGGAGAGACCAGUUAGACCAGUGGCCAGCCUAGAGAGGAGAGACCAGCUAGACCAGUGGCUAGCCUAGAGAGUAGAGACUUGUUAGACCAGUGGCCAGCCUAGAGAGGAGAGACCAGUUAGAGCAGUGGCCAGCCUAGAGAGAAGAGACCAGUUAGACCAGUGGCUAGCCUAGAGAGUAGAGACUUGUUA